AUGUCAUCCAAUGAGUACUUUGAGAUACUGAAGGAGGGUGAAAAACAGAAACUUAAUCACCAAUUGGAAUCAUUAAAAAAGACCCUGGAUGAAACAAUUGCAAAAAUGCAAAAGGAAUUGGAUGUAAAGACCGAAGAGAUAAAUGAGUACCGGCAAACGAAGGAGAAAACUGAAAACGAGUUGGUCCAGAAAUUGAAUGAUGUGGAGAAACAACUGAAGCUAUUAUUUGAGGAAAAAGUUCGCUCUGAAGCAAAGUUGCCGAGUGGGCAAGUUCAACAAUUGCUCGAGAGUUUGAAGAGUUUGGAGAGCUCAAUGCAGUUGGAAAAAAAGCUUGAGCAAUUGGAAAAGAAGCUUGAGCAGGAGCAUAGCUUCAAAUACAACACCAAAAUGGAAUCUGUUUUGGUGGAAAGAGACUCAAAAAUUACUGAGUUGGAGCAAAAAGUAUUAGAAUUGAAUAAGGAGUUGGCACGGGAGAAGCUACUGAGUAGUGAAGUUGAACCAGAAAAGGAUAAGAUUAUCGGUGAUUUACGUGAAAAGGAAUCUCAAGCUCAAGUUCAAUCCAAUACUUUGCAAACCGAAGUAGAUCAUCACUUGGCGGAAAAUAUUAAUCUUGUCAAGAGUUUGGAUAAUACAAAUAAGGAGAUGGAAAAGUAUAAGAAAGUUUGUCAAGAGCUUGAUCAUUCUAAACAAGUUGUUAUUGACAAAAGUAAGAAAGUUGAGGAGUUGGAAAAGGGAGAGAAGGAGAAGGAGAAGGAGAAGGAACUGAAACAGGAAUUGAUUACUCAGGUUGAAGAAAUGGGUAAGAAGAUCAAAGCAAGCAGUCUUACAAUAAAAGACUUGAAAAAGAAUUUGACUGCAUUGCAAGAUUUUUACAUGCAAUUUGAAGAGUAUAUCGAGAAGCUUAGAUCAGAUCCCGACUUUCCUCAAGUAUCGAUACUGAAACAAAAAUAUCAAUUCAUCGAUCUUGCCGAUAUAUCAUCUGAUGAAGAUGAUAAUUUGGACGAUUCGUUCGACCAGUUGAGUAGUCAUGACAAUAAUGAAGGUGAACACGCAGAUCAUGGACUGUUGAAAUACGCAAAGGAGGAAAAGUCAAUCUUUUCUGGAAUAGUUGAAUAUAUUGACAUUUUGAAACUAAAAAUCGCACAUGAUGAAAAGACCAUUGAGGAGAAAACUUUAUUGGUUGAUGAUUUGAAUGAACAAGUUGCAAAAUUAAACAAAAUCAAACAAAAUCAUGAAGAACAUUUGGUUCGUGAGAUGGAGAAAAAUAUCAAACUUGCUGUAUCUUUGGAAGAUGCAAAGAGGUCUUGUGAAUCUGAGACAAGUAUUAAAGACCCUGAUGAUGUUGUUGAAAAAUUGGAAAAGCUGAAAAAACUCAAUAACGAUGUGUAUGAGUUUAACAAACAUGCGAAAGAUGCAUUGAUAAAGGAAGAAACCGAGUCGAAGGCUGGUAAAGAACCAUGUACAGCUGCGUUUGCUCCAUCGUCCAAGCUAAAGAGCAAAUGGAACAAUGAUGAGGAGGAGGAGGAAGACCCUGUUGAGUGUCAAGAUUCGCCAACUAAAGCUGAAGAAGAGGAAGAGAAGAAGAAUGAGAAGAAGCAGUCUGCAGAGGAAUUGGAAAAAAAGAGGGGGACCUUUUUGAAACUGAAGAUGAACCUAGAGCCCAAUAAAGACUUGAUGUCGAAGGAAACUGUUUUUGAUGAAGAUCAAACAAUUGUGACUGUUGCGUCACCGAGUAUUGAAUCUGCAAGUGUAGACGAUACAAAAGUAGAAUCCAUUAAUGAGAAAUCAGAGGAAGAUAGGAAGUAA